AUGACCGUCACUAAAGAUGACGCCCAUCGUCUCUGGCCCGUCUUAGAGCGUCUCAAGAAGCCCUCAUCCUUCACCCACGACACCGUCCCUACAAUGGAGCGAUGGUUAGCAGCUGCUGCCGACAAGAUAUGCUCCAACCCCAACGAGAACAUAGACUGGAUGCAGGCCAUUUGGGCAAUUUGUGAUAACUCCGCCAAAGUCGACAAACGCCUUAGUCGACGCGCCGUCCUCACCGGUGUCGCUGUUAUGAAAGAUAUCAUCCCCGCCUACAAAAGCACCGGCGUAGGUGUUCAGAAAACCAACAAGAAGUUGAGCAAGCAAGCCGAGGAAAUCCUUACCUACGACACUAAACUCGUCGACGCUUACCAGAACCUCCUCGCCCGCCUUAAAACGAUGAAGGAGAUCCGCGGUAUGUGCGCCCUGCUCACCUGCGCUUCCCUCUGGACCUUCAACGACUUCGACCGACUACUAGCAAUGGUAGUCUCCAGUGCGGGCAGUGGUGACACGACGGCUAUUAACACCAUUGAAGAGGUCCUUAAGGACGAUGCGGCGGUCGAAGUCGCCACCAAGAAAAUAGUGAUAAUGAUUGGUAAAGUGAAAAGUCCUCAACAAUUGGUUCAUCUAGCGCCUCUGCUGAAGUUGGCCAGGACCGACACCAGCAAUAACAUUAUCGAGGAAACCCAUAACGUGGCAAUCAAGUUGGCUUCUGGGGAGGAGGACACUGACAUCAACCGGGACUUGGAUGCUGGCUUCGCCGGUCUCAUAACGAGCGUGUGA